GGGAGGAUUUCCCUUAUCAGUGGCUGCCCCUCAAACCCCGCCAUGAGUCGCGUGGGUGGAUCAUGGCGCGCCUGCCGACUGAAGUUUUUUCACUUAUCGGCCUUUUCAUUUCCUUUUAAUCGCGCAUGGACAAUACACUUUGGGUCGACGCUUUGCCCUUUCCGCACAGCAGUCUCAAAAAAGGCAUCACGAUCGAACUAUUGUCCCUUAUCCAGGCUACCGGCCCGGUGGAAUAUCCCGUUCCCAUUUCACCUCCCGUCAACUCAUAUCAGUUGUCCACAGGAUGCUUGUACAUUGCGCAUACAAAGUCUGACAGCUUACCACCAUGAAAUACAGUUACACACAAGCGGGUAAACCCAAGAGAGGGCAUGUCCCGGAUGCCUUGCCUCGCAACGCAAGUCGACUGGCUGAUUUGCCGGGAGUGGGGCGUGGCAAAACAUUCCUUGAAGGGAGAAUGGCAAGAGAGCC